CGGGCAGCGGCGCGGAGCCGAGCGGAGCCAGCGCGUGGAGCGGCCGGCCGCAGCGGGGGAGUCCCGCGGGUCUCGGAGAGAAUCCAUGAUGUAAAUCAUUCACCAGCAAACUUUAGGGUCAGAGUGAGAAGGCAUCCGGAGCACCAUGGCCUGGCCGAGUGUUUUCCAAAGAGGGACUGUGCUCUCGCGGUUCAGCCAUCACCAUGUGGUUGUAUUCCUGCUCACCUUCUUCAGUUAUUCGUUGCUCCAUGCUUCAAGAAAAACAUUUAGCAAUGUCAAAGUUAGUAUCUCCAAGCAGUGGACCCCAAAUGCUUUUAACACAACACUUGAGCUGCCUGUAGAGAUCUGGAGCAGCAACCAUUUAUUUCCCAAUACAGAGGAGGCUACUCUUUUCCUUGGAACGCUGGAUACUAUUUUUCUGUUCUCCUAUGCUGUGGGUCUUUUCAUCAGUGGCAUCGUUGGGGAUCGGCUGAAUUUACGAUGGGUUCUCUCUUUUGGCAUGUGCUCCUCUGCAUUAGUGGUGUUUGUCUUUGGCACUCUCACAGAAUGGCUGCACUUCUACAACAGAUGGCUCUAUUGUUGCCUGUGGAUUGUGAAUGGCCUGCUGCAGUCCACUGGCUGGCCCUGUGUGGUCGCUGUGAUGGGCAACUGGUUUGGGAAAAAUGGGCGAGGAGUUGUCUUUGGUCUCUGGAGUGCCUGUGCUUCUGUGGGCAAUAUUUUGGGAGCAUGUCUAGCUUCAUCUGUUCUACAGUAUGGUUAUGAGUAUGCCUUUCUGGUGACAGCGUCUGUGCAGUUUGCUGGUGGGAUCGUCAUCUUCUUUGGACUCCUGGUGUCACCAGAAGAAAUUGGUCUCCCAGGUAUUGAAGCAGAAGAAAACUUUGAAGAAGAUUCCCACAGACCGUUAAUUAAUGGUACUGAAAACGAAGAUGAGUAUGAGCCUAAUUACUCUAUCCAAGAGUCCAGAACUGUUGCCCAAGUGAAGGCGAUAAGCUUCUAUCAGGCUUGCUGUCUUCCUGGUGUCAUACCGUAUUCACUGGCCUACGCCUGCCUGAAACUGGUGAAUUACUCCUUCUUCUUCUGGUUGCCCUUUUAUCUGAGUAACAACUUCAGAUGGAAGGAGGCUGAAGCUGACCAGUUGUCCAUCUGGUACGAUGUUGGAGGAAUCAUAGGUGGGACUUUGCUAGGCUUCAUCUCUGACAUCCUACAGAAGAGAGCACCAGUAUUGGCCCUUAGCCUGAUCCUUGCAAUUGGCUCCCUUGUUGGGUACAGUCGUUCUCCAAAUAAUAAGUCCAUCAAUGCGCUUCUGAUGACGGUUACAGGGUUUUUUAUUGGUGGACCUUCUAAUAUGAUUAGCUCAGCUAUUUCAGCGGACCUGGGUCGCCAAGAGCUGAUCCAAGGGAGCAGUGAGGCUUUAGCCACGGUCACAGGAAUUGUUGAUGGAACCGGGAGCAUUGGAGCUGCCGUGGGCCAGUAUUUGGUGUCUUUAAUCCAGGACAACUUAGGAUGGAUGUGGGUUUUCUACUUUUUCAUUCUCAUGACUAGUUGUACAAUUCUGUUUAUCUCACCAUUAAUAGUGAGGGAAAUAAUCUCUCUUGUGCAAAGGAGACAAGCUCACAUAUUGAGUGAGUGACUGUGCCCACAAGAAAAAAAGAACAGUGGGAGACACGAGACUAUAAGAUCUUUUAAUUCACUACAUUUGGGGUUGUCUAAGAGCGCCAACAUAACCUCGGCUUACCAGACCUCUUUCAACACUGCCAGCCCCCCUGGACACUGGCCAGGAGUGAAGACUGCAUUAUUUUUCUACACUAUAGGAAUUACUAUUGAUGAUUUUUAUCGUUAUUUCAUGAAUGUACUGGACGGUGUAUGAAUCUUCCUGCAUCCCUGUUGGCCCUUUGAGGUUUAUGCCUUUAACCCUGGUAUCAUAUUGGCCUUCGACCCUGUACUGCAGCCUCAAGAACUGAUGAACAGGAGAGAGCUGCACAUGGUUUGCAUGGAUAAUGAAUAAAAAGGAUCAUUGCAUUUUGCUUUGGUAACAAGUUUGCAGAGAGUGGCUCACCUCUGAAGCAU